AUGGCGUUUACUUUGGAUGAUGACAAAAGAUGUCAGCUUAAUGAGGAUAUCAUUAAACAGCUAUACCUUGUGGCUUAUAUGCAGGGAAGCAAGCUUCCAACAUGCCUUGUUACUAACUCAAAAUGUAGCAAGGUUCAGGUUCGCGGAGAUGGACGUACUGCUGUUGACAUGAGAUCACAUGUACAUCAAACUGUUUUACCUGUGGUUAUAAAAGCUGAUCACCCAAUUCCAGUUUCAUGUAGCGUUUAUUAUUUCGAGAUAACCGUUAAUGUUAAAAGUCGUUCUGGUUUACUUGCUUUGGGUGUAUGUUCAUCACGUUCAUCUACAAAUGAAUGGCCAGGGAUGGAAUUUACAUCGUAUGGUUACCACAGUAAUAGCGGAACAAUUUAUCAUAAUUCCAAAGAACUACCCAUUUCUGCGCCUAGUUUUGGUGAAUCCGAUAUAAUUGGUUGCGGUGUGAAUUUUGUUAAUAAUUCUGUUUUUUUCACAAAAAAUGGUGUAUUCGUUGGACCAAUAAGUGCUGGUAAAAAGUUGCCACAUCCAGUCUAUCCUUGUAUUGCUUUCGCCUGUCCCAAUUGCCAUGUGAGCGUCAAUUUCGGUCAUCAUAAAUUUGCAUACAAUAUUGGUCAGUAUAUUGCUCGUGAACGUGCUGUAGCAAUAAGUACAGCAGUCGAUCGUAAAUGUAAUGAUCAGUUAGCUUAUGUGACAAUGAGAAACUUAGUCGCAACCUAUCUAUUACACAACGGUUUCCUUGAGUCGGCUCAAGCUUUAGGCGAAUGGGUCACAAAGGCUUCUAUCGAUUCUUCUACUACGACCAAUGAAAACAAUGAGGUUACUGAUAAUAAUGACUGUGAUGUACAUCAUAAUGAAGACAGCAGUAGUAAUUAUGACACAAACGGUAAAUCACCUGUAAAAUCAUCUGCAUCUGAAACACCGAAUGGUAGUUGUCCAUCGUCUAUAAACAAACAUAUAUAUCAAAUAGAUUCAAUAACAAAUUCUACAAAUGGCACUUGUCAUUUGAACAACGAUCACAAUCAUAGUAACCACAAUAAUACUGACACUGAUAAUAACAGUAUUACUUUCGAUGAACUAGGUGGUGAACAGCAGUCAAAGUUGCCAACAACAGCGCCAACCAAUCAACAUUAUCAGUCGAAGGCAAAUUUAGUCAAAUCAUCGAAGGAUACAAUCCUAAAUGAUUUAUUUCGUUGGCCUGAAGCUGUAGAUAUACUACUAAGACGAAGACAUUUAAGAGAGACUAUUCGUAACGGUGAUUAUUUAUCUGCAUUAGAUCAAUUAAAAGCUUAUUUCAAAACAUUAUGGGAAAAUGAUCCAUCUAUUACGUUUGUAUUAAAAUGUCAUCAUUUUAUAGAUUUAAUACGUCAGCAUUAUACAACCAAUUCUUCCAAAGAACCUGUAUCUUUAAACGGUUUACCUGACAAUAAUAUUAUUGAUAGUAAUAUUAGGAAAACAUUACAAUCUAACGGCCUGGAUACUCAUCGAAAUAGUCAAAAGAGAAUGAAGCCUUCAAGCUCUUCAGAAUCAUCACCUGAAAUAACAACAACACCUAAUAAACAUGAUUGCCAAUGUAAACAUUUAAUUAAUUCUAAUCAUAAUCAUCAUUCAAUGAAUUUAGAGCUAACAGCUCACACAACAAUUGAUGCUACUAAUAUUACAGAUAAUUCUAUCAUCAAUCGACCGUCUUGUUUAACAUCAACUACUAAUAAUUAUAAUCAUUCACAUAAUCCAUCAGAUUAUCAAUCACCUGUUAGGCUUCGUUUUAACCUACCAAGUAAUGAAUGGAAUAAUAAUGGAUUAUUAUUACCAGCAAUAAGUGGUGAAUAUAGCUCUGAAAUUCUACCGUCAGUCUUUCCAAAAAAUGGUCCUUCUCUUAAUGAUAAUAGUCCUUCUGCUAAUGGUACUGGUGUUAGCCUUGACUGUAUUACUAAUGGUAAUAAUAAUGAUAAUAAUUCAUCAGAAAUCAUCUGUCCUGUUAUGUUCCCUGUCUAUGCAGAAAACAAUCACAUUAAGACUGACAAUAGAAAAUUGAUUAGGCCAUACAAAUGGAAUCAUCACCUAUCGAAUUCUUAUAUUCGACAUAUUUCAUUAACUGGAAUGAUGUUAGAACCACAUAUUGAAGGUUUGAAUAUGGAAUUGCGUUUAAUUGAUUCAGUCAAUGAUCUAGGUUUAGGAAUUGAGUAUAAAGGACUGAACUGUUUAACUGUAAUACGUCGUCAUCGUGGCGGUGUUGGUAAUGGUCAUUGUCGACGAAAACGAAUACAUGCUAAUAAGUUACACAGUUUCUCAUCAUCAUCAUUAAUAUCCUUAUCUUAUGAUCGUUCAUAUUCAACUUCUAAUUCUGUAUCAUUUAAACCGAAAUACAAAUCAAAAUAUCAUUUUGAUUCCUAUCAUCAUGAUCAUCAUCAUCCUUCCAUUAAUGUUCAAAAACAGGCUAAUGAAAUUAUAACAAAUGGCAAUUCAAUGUAUUCACCUAUUGAUGAUGACUCUACCCUAUCUUUGUCUAAAAUCGAUCCAAUCGAUCAUGAAAAUAAUUCUGUGGAAAAUAAACAAAAUGGUGAUUUGUUUCAUUCAGUCAACAGUAAUGGAUUUUAUUUUGAUGAUUCCAUUAAUUCUAAUCAUCAUCCACAUCAUCAUCAUAAUUAUUUCGAUAAUAGUAAUAAUAAUAAUAAUAAUGGUGAUGUUGGAAGUGUGGAUCAGAUAUUGAAUAAUGAACUACGUGAGUUAAUUGAAUAUGGACGUAAUUUACGAUCAAGUGCACUAGAAUUGCAACGUCAAGGAGUGAUCAGUUUGGAACAAUGGUUACUUUUAAGUGAUGCAUUCAGUUUAGUUGCAUAUCAAAAUCCAUACAAAAGUCCGCUUAGUGGUUUGUUACAUCCAAAAUAUCGAGAAUUAUUAGCUGAUGCUGUAAAUGAUGCUAUCUUGGUGCAUUUAAAACAACCUUGUCGUCCGGUUUUGGAUAUAGCUUUAACAUAUUUGGAACAUGUUUUAACCGAUGAAGGAUCAUCGUGUAAAACAACCAACAAUGGUCCCUUUGGUUUUUAUCGUUUCAAAUCUGGUCAGUCAAAUGUUAGCGGUUUGUCUGUUGAUCCUUUACAAAAUAGAACUCCUACUGCCAGGACUACUGCUGAUGAUAUUUGUCUUACAUCUAGAACUAAUCAUACACCAACUCAUGAAUCUACAAUAACACCUGCUUCACGUGAUACACCAACUACACCAAAUCGUAGUAUAGCAAUUGGUAUCAUGCAUCGUGAUGAUACUGAUGGUGAACCACGGCAUAUAACAACUGAUAUUCAAACAUAUGCUUUGAGUUUAAAUGAAUUCAAUGGUUCUACAAAUCUACUUCGUCCUGCUAGUACUUCAAUUAUAUCCAGCUCUUUGUAUGUUCCUCCAUCGGCAUUAAUUUCAUUAACUGGACGAAAUAAUAAUCCAAUUACUCGAAGUUCCGACAUACAGAGAUCAUCAUUAUCAACAUCACGCACAAGACCAACAAGUUUACAAAACUUAAUUCAUCAACGACAUCAGUCACAAUUACUUGAUAAUCAGAGUACUACUACAAUGACUGGUACCACUACUACUACUGCUACUACCAGUAGUAGUACUUCAUCACCUUCACAUUUCAAUCGCUUUCUAGUCACAACAGCUACUUGGCCUGUUUCCACAUCUUUUCCUCGUCAACAUCAAAUAACACUACCGCUACUACUACUACUACUACUACUAGUACUACACAAAAUCUUAAUCGUUUCUCGCCUUCACGUAUUACCGUUACCUCUUCUCUUACUAAUACGCAUGCACCAACUGGACCGGAAUUAG